AUGUCUCUGGAUCGUGUAGAUUGGCCGCACGCCACCUUCUCUACGCCGGUGAAGCGUAUCUUCGAUACGCAGACAACGCUGGACUUCCAAUCGUCACUAGCCAUUCACAGAAUCAAGUAUCAUCUUCACAAGUACACUACGUUGAUAUCGCACUGUUCUGACCCCGACCCGCACGCUACUGCGUCGUCGAUCGCCAUGGUUAACGGGCUGAUGGGAGUGUUGGACAAGCUGGCACACCUGAUCGACGAGACACCGCCUCUUCCAGGUCCUAGAAGGUAUGGUAACCUAGCAUGCCGCGAGUGGCAUCACAAGCUGGAUGAACGUUUGCCUCAGUGGCUGCAGGAAAUGCUUCCCUCGGAAUACCAUGAGGUGGUGCCUGAAUUGCAGUAUUACCUGGGCAACAGCUUUGGUUCGUCGACAAGAUUGGACUACGGCACGGGCCACGAACUUUCGUUCAUGGCCACGGUCGCAGCACUGGACAUGCUGGGGAUGUUUCCGCACAUGAGGGGGGCAGACGUUUUUCUGCUGUUCAACAAGUACUACACGAUCAUGAGGAGGCUGAUCCUGACGUAUACGCUGGAGCCCGCUGGGUCACAUGGCGUGUGGGGGCUUGAUGACCAUUUCCACUUGGUGUACAUCUUGGGCUCGUCUCAAUGGCAGCUGCUUGAUGCGCAAGCACCCUUGCAACCAAGAGAAAUACUGGAUAAGUCUCUGGUGCGCGAGUAUAAGGACACCAACUUCUACUGCCAAGGCAUAAACUUUAUUAAUGAGGUGAAAAUGGGGCCCUUUGAAGAGCAUUCCCCCAUCCUAUACGAUAUUGCCGUCACCGUUCCACGCUGGUCCAAAGUGUGUAAGGGGCUUCUAAAAAUGUAUUCUGUAGAGGUUCUGAAGAAGUUCCCCGUGGUGCAACAUUUCUGGUUCGGCACAGGCUUCUUUCCCUGGGUCAACAUUCAAAACGGCACUGAUCUUCCAGUCUUUGAAGAAAAGGAGGAAGAGAGUAUAGAACAGGCUAACGCAGGAUCGCCCGGUCGAGAACAGACUUCAACACGAUUCCCAACGUCCACGUCAAUGCCUCCCCCAGGCGUUCCGCCGUCAGGUAACAAUAUCAACUAUUUACUAAGCCAUCAAAACCAGUCGCACCGGAACCAGACUUCUUUUUCAAGAGAUAGACUACGUAGAUAA